AGGCGCCGCCUAGAAGUGACUUCUCCAAAAAGUGUCUUAGUUCGCGGUCACCUGAGCCACUGGCGACUCUGCUGCGAUCGACUUCCCGGAUACCCGCCCUCCGUGGGCCCUUCCUGAAGAGCCUGAUACUUUUUCCUUCGUAGCCGCCCCGCCACCCGGAGCCCUCCAAGGGUCUGUCUUUCCCACUUGUCCUUUCCCAAUCGCGGGCCGGACCGGGCCGAGCCCAGGCUCCCGGGCGCGGUCUCAAACCAUGGCGUCCCUCUUCAAGAAGAAAACUGUGGAUGAUGUAAUAAAGGAACAGAAUCGAGAGUUACGAGGUACACAGAGAGCUAUAAUCAGAGAUCGAGCAGCUUUAGAAAAGCAAGAAAAACAACUGGAAUUAGAGAUUAAGAAAAUGGCUAAGAUUGGUAAUAAAGAAGCUUGUAGAGUUUUAGCCAAACAGCUUGUACAUCUACGGAAGCAGAAGACAAGAACUUUUGCUGUAAGUUCAAAGGUUACUUCUAUGUCCACACAAACAAAAGUGAUGAAUUCCCAAAUGAAGAUGGCUGGAGCAAUGUCUACUACAGCAAAAACAAUGCAGGCCGUUAAUAAGAAGAUGGAUCCACAGAAGACAUUACAAACUAUGCAGAAUUUCCAGAAGGAAAAUAUGAAAAUGGAAAUGACUGAAGAAAUGAUCAAUGACACACUUGAUGACAUCUUUGAUGGUUCUGAUGAUGAAGAAGAAAGUCAAGAUAUUGUGAAUCAAGUUCUCGAUGAAAUUGGAAUUGAAAUUUCUGGAAAGAUGGCCAAAGCUCCAUCAGCUGCCCGAAGCUUACCAUCUGCCUCUACUUCAAAGGCUACUAUCUCUGAUGAAGAGAUUGAACGACAGCUCAAAGCUUUAGGGGUGGAUUAGCCAAAAAAGCCAUAUUUUGCUUACGUAUAAUUAUUUAGUAUAAAACAGGCACAAUGCAGAUUUCUUUUUGUUUUACAAACCACAUUUCUUUUGCAAAAAAUGAGGACCAUGAGUGAACAGUUGUUUCUUAACCCAUGGCUAUUUUGAAUCCUUUGCCAAAGAAUGACAGUGAUGCAAAAAUGGGAACAGUUUGGAUUUUAAUUACAACUAUUUAGGAGUGAUGAUGUGUAAAAAGUUGACUUUUUCUGCAUGGCCUAAAGAAAUUAUAUUCAUUACUUUGUGUCAUUUAUGUUCUAAAUCUUUUUACAUUGAAUACAAAAAUCUUGUUAAAUGCCACAAGGCACUGACUUGGAGAAACUUGUAAAAAUAUUAAAAGUAUAUAAAUUAAUUCUG